CUUGAGAUCACGUGAUCUUUUUACUCGAGGGACGGCGCUAAGCUGUGCGAGUCGAAUCUGGGACUAACAUAUACCCUUUCAAAAUGCUUGUCUUGGUCCUGGGCGACUUACAUAUCCCUCACAGACAACACAACUUACCGGCAAAGUUUAGAAAACUUCUGGUGCCAGGAAAGAUUCAGCACAUUCUAUGUACUGGUAACUUAUGCAGUAAAGACUCUUUUGACUACCUCAAGACUCUUGCUAGCGAUGUGCAUGUUGUUCGGGGUGAUUUUGAUGAGAAUCUGUCCUAUCCAGAGCAGAAAGUUGUGACUGUUGGUCAGUUUAGGAUUGGACUCUGCCAUGGCCACCAAAUAGUUCCAUGGGGGGACCCAGAAAGCUUAGCAAUGCUUCAAAGACAGCUGGAUGUAGAUAUCUUAAUAUUUGGCCACACCCAUAAGUUUGAGGCAUAUGAACAUGAAGAGAAGUUUUAUAUCAACCCUGGUACUGCAACUGGAGCCUACACACCAUUAGAAAGGAAUGUUACGCCAUCCUUCGUCCUAAUGGACAUCCAGGCUAGUACCGUGGUGACGUAUGUCUAUCAGCUUGUUGGUGACGACGUUAAAGUGGAAAGAAUUGAAUACAAGAAGCCUUAGCUCCUAUCAUACACUAGAUCAGUCUUUUGAACCUUGUACCAUACUUCAAAUAAUUAUAUUACCGAGAAGUUCAGAAUCAAGUGGUGAUCCAACAUGUAUAGGAUGUCUGUGUAUGCUUUUGGAUGUAUUAUUGUUACAUUUUUUACAGCACUGUAUAAGCAUGCUUUCAAGAAAUGUUAUCGUAAGAAUGAUAGAAAAUUUUAGGGUUGCUAGAUGAUCCAAAGUUUACUGCAGCCUCUCAUUUUCUGAAAGUUUGCUGAAAUGUCUUGUGGCUCUAACAAAUUCUUUGCAACAGAUCUUGUAAUUCUGUUGAUUACAAAUAUCUUCUGAUAUUGUAGAAUGUAAAAGCAAUAAAGAAACUCAAUUUAAAUAA